ACACGCUCGGACCGCCGCCGCCCGGCUCCCAAGUUUGCGCCGGCACUAGCUCGCGAUCGUGUUUCUCCGCAGCCCCCGAAAGCCCGCCAACGCCGCCGUUGCGUUCGCCGAGUCACACGCGUUCUUUCGUUUCCGCGGGUUUUCGGAAAACAUAAAACACAAGUACAAGUAUAUAAUAUUAUAGGCCGUCGUCGAGUCGUCGUGUUUUCGCGUGUUUUUAAUUAAUAUAAUAUUGUGAACACCGUGAUCGAAAUUUAGUUUUGUUUUCCGUUUGUUGUUCACUUCUCGUGUGGUUUGUUUUUUUCGGUGCGGUGAUAUUAAUCGGCCCCGGUAUUUCGUUCUCAUUAUAAUAUUGUUUUUUGUCGUGAAGUGCGUCGGUAUAAUAUACUAUCGCUUAUAAUAUCCGGGAACUGAUAUAAAAUCGAACACAGUUUGGUGAAAAAAUAUUAAUAUUAAUUGUCACGCGUAUUCAAUAAUAUAUAUAUGUUGGAUGUGCGCUACGUCGUUUCGUGUGCGGACUAAUCAUUCGAUGUGUACGCGUUUCGCGAGGUGUCGUCGUCGCCGGCCGCGCAUUUUCGCCGGCGAUAAACACGAUGAUCGGGCGUGACGGCGCUCGUGAGUGCUGUGGGCGACAUUAUUUCGGGCAAACCGCUAGUGGCCGCCAGACGUUUAGCGGCACGUAAACUUUACCGAUACGUCAUUAAUAAUAAUAAUAAUAAUAAUAAUAUUAAUUAUCCGUCCGCGUGCAUCUCAACACAGCUGCAGAAUGCCGGCGUAUGUCGUUAAAAUAAUUUGGACGGAAAAAAAGAUUUUGAAAAAGCUGUGUUAUAUGUAAUACGAAGACUCGGAAGAUUAAGAUAAAAUGACACAGACGUUGGACAAAACAAGAAUUAUGACCCUAACAAGUACCCCGUGUGACCUGAGUACCAUGAGUCUGUUUCAAGACCUGAAACUGAAGAGGCGCAAAAUAGAUUCAAGGUGCAGCAGUGACGGUGAGAGCAUAGCGGACACGAGUACUUCAUCACCAGACGUCGCUGGCCCGGCAUCUCCGUCAAGCCGAAUGGACAGAUCGGUACCGUCGCCCGGACUUAUCAUAUCGAUGGAUAGAAUGGCGUCGUCUCCGGAAUGCGGCAGCAUGACCACGGACAGCGGGCAAGACCCGAAUGACGUGGGAGAAGGCGUCAAGGUCAAAGAGGAGAUGUUAGACGAUCCGCAGCCGAAAGACAUGAUCGGGACGGGAUACGAAAAUGGGACGGUGGCCGAUAACAAGACGGAACCACCGUCGCCGUCGCCAUCACCUUCGGCGGUGGUCACAGCGGCGUUGGCGGCGGCGACGGCGGCAGCGCAACAUGAGCAGCAGCAGCAAAGGCGCGAGUCGGUGGUGAUGACCAGCCCGUUGAGUUGCGUCGUCAAGUCGGCAACAACGCCACCGCCGCCGCAGUCGUUGUCAUCAUCGUCGUCGUCGUCGUCACUAUCGCCACCCUUGACUUGGACGACGGUGACCUCUCAAACGAAUCCGCCGCCGCUGAGGUGUUACACGCCCUCCUCCACCGCCGACUCCAUGUCGGUGACACAGCAGUACCAGCAGCGCCGGCAAUCCGUCGUCACGUCCGUGUCAUCGGCGUUUUGGAACGCGGGCACGCAGACGUCGCCCGCGUCCACGGCGCCCGGCAACGCGUCUGUGGCCACCGCGGCCGCAGCAUCAGUGCUGUCCGUGUGUCGCAUCAACGGCGUCCGGCCCGAGCUUAUUGGCGGUGCGGGUUUCGCGACCACGGCUGCGGCUGCCACCGGCAACACCGACAUGAAACCGCCCACCGCCAUACCCCCGCGGACCACCCGGUCUGCACCUACCGUCAUUAUGGGCGAAGCGGGUGGGGUGCGGACGAUGAUCUGGUCCAGUCCACCCUGCACCGUGGAACAGUCCACGUCACCAGCCAGCACUGGCUGCGGUUCCAUACCGUCGACGGUCAGCACGCCGUACUGGUCGUCCGCGGCCACGUGGUCGUCCAACACGUCGUCCGUGUCGUCCCCGUCGCCGUCACCGUCGGCGGUCAGCGAAGAGUCGGCCGCCCAUCUGCUGUUAAACCUCGGAGUGGCCGCUGGCCACGAUGUGGCGUCCGUCAUCAGCCACAUGCCCGGUCUCAGGCCCAUUGGUGGUCAGCUGCAGCAGACAUCUGUAGCCAGUGGUGGAAAUGGCGGUGGCGGCAACGUCGCUGGCGGUGGACAGCAGAGCUUUCACGUGCCGCUCAAUAUGGAACGGCUGUGGGCCGGCGACCUGUCCCAACUCCCGGUGGCCGCCACGCAUCAGAUGCACGCGCUCAACCUGACGGCCAAUACGGGACCCGCCGAAUGGCCGAUGGCCGGUCCCAACGGCGACAACAAAUCCGCACCUGUCAACGCUUACCACCAGAUGGAGGAAGCCGACGAACAGGAACAACCCAUGGUGUGCAUGAUCUGUGACGACCGAGCCACGGGUCUUCAUUACGGCAUCAUCACUUGUGAAGGAUGCAAGGGGUUCUUUAAACGUACCGUCCAAAACCGGAGGAUAUACACGUGUAUAGCUGAAGGCACUUGUGAAAUAACAAAAGCUCAAAGAAACAGGUGUCAAUAUUGCCGGUUUAAAAAAUGCAUCGGUCAAGGAAUGGUGUUGCAGGCCGUUCGAGAAGAUAGAAUGCCCGGUGGACGAAAUUCUGGCGCUGUUUACAACUUAUACAAGGUAAAGUAUAAGAAGAAGAGGCCACCGAAGAACGGACAAGUCAAAAUGGAGAAGUCCGUCACGUGCACCACGGCCAGUACCAUGACUACGAUGAAAACGGAAAACCAGGAUAAUAACUCCUCAUCCAUGUCGACUCUGGUCAACGGAACCAUAUUAAAGACUGCACUGACGAACCCCAGCGAGGUCGUUUAUCUCAGACAACGACUAGACAACGCCGUGAGUUCGUCAAGAGACCGUACGUUUUCGAUCGAAGCCACGGUGAACAUGAUCAAGAACCUCGUGGACUGCGACGAGUUUCAAGAUAUUGCCACUCUGCGGAACAUGGAGGAUUUGCUCGAACACAAUUCCGAUUUGUCAGCCAAACUGAUGCAGAUCGGUGACUCAAUCGUUUACAAACUGGUGCAAUGGACCAAGCGUCUUCCGUUUUAUCUUGAAUUGCCAGUAGAAGUGCAUACGAGACUUCUGACACACAAGUGGCAUGAGCUAUUAGUGUUAACCACUUCGGCGUACCAAGCAAUACACGGGCCCCAGAAGAUUUGGAACUCCACCAACAUGAACGGUGACCGGAACGAGGAUUCCGAAUUUCACCAAGAGGUGUCUCAUAAUCUGUGCAUAUUACAAAACUGCCUGUCCUCGAUGAUGGGCAAACCCAUAACGAUGGACCAGCUCCGACAAGAUGUUGGUGUUAUGGUGGAGAAGAUCACACACGUCACCCUCAUGUUCAGGAGGGUAAAGCUGCGAAUGGAAGAGUACGUGUGCCUGAAAGUCAUAAUCAUGUUGACACAGAGUAAGUACAUUAUACCACCGUCUAGGCAAUCCAGAAUAUUAAUAAUAAUCGUUGUUGUUUUUGCUUAUCCUUCUAUAGAUAACGGCAAUACCACUAGUGAGCUGGAAACCAUCCAAGAGAGAUAUACGUCUUGUUUAAAGACUUAUGUCGAACACACUUUUCCCAUGCAACCUAACAGGUUGCAAGAUCUCCUUCAUCGACUGCCAGAGAUUCAGUCAGCCGCUUCGCUCUUAUUAGAGUCAAAAAUGUUUUAUGUGCCUUUCCUCUUGAACUCCACGAUCAGAAGUUAGUGCGUACAUUAUGCACAGAGGAUAGCUACUGAUCAUCAUUAUUAUAAUAGAAUAGAACCAGUUACCAAAAUAAUAACUAUAUGUAAUAUAUGAAAGUGAAAAUGAAGAAGAAAUUUGAAACGUCUAGAUUUUGUCUACCUCGCACGCAUGCGCGUGUGAACGCUACCGUAAUAUAGUUAGUAUGUAUUCGUUUUGUAGGUAAAUUGUGCAUUGUUGAUUGUUAUAUUAUUAUGUGACCGAGAGGAGAUUCUUAUAUUAGGAAUAUAUUUUUUUUAAGUUUUUCUUGUUUUUAUGUAUUACUAAUACGUUUCAUUUUGUGACUCUUGAGUUUUUCCUUUGCGAUUUGGGAGUUAUUUAAUCGUUGAAUCCAGCUAUAUAAAAGUAUCUAUAAUGUUAACAUAAUGUUAGUAUAAUAAUAUAUUGUCUGUGAAAAUUUGCCCCACGUCUGUAUAAACUACGUAUAUAUAUAUAUAUAUAUAUUAUUUUAAGAUAGUAUAAUUAUUACAAUAUGAGAAAAGUUUGCCGAAAGAGAUUAUAAUAAUAAUAAUAUAUGAUGACGAUGAUAUAGGUAUACGCGUAUGGGUUAUCUUUGUAUUAAUUAGACUUAAUUGUAGUUGUAAUGUUAUAUUGUAUUUCGAGUGUAUAAACUCAUGCGUACAGUACCUAAAUCAUGUAUAAUAUAUAUAUAUUUAUAUAUAUUUAUAUAUUAAAUACGUUAGUAUAGGUACGUUUUGUUUAAAUGAUGUAGGCUGAUUGCUGAAUUAUAUUAUCUUCUCUCUCUUUGUUUCUCUAUUUUUCCAAUCCCCCCUCCCUUAUCACUCUCUCAUUCUCUCUAUUUCCGAGUGUUUCUUUACGGUAUACUCUCCUCCUAAUUUUGAUCGAGUGACGUUAGGCAAAACGUAAUGGGCACCGUCAUUGUAUUCGUAUUUAAUACUGACACACACACAUUCUCUCACACACACAUACACAUACACACUCUCUCACAUAUAUAAUAUAUUCGAAAUGGCUAUAAAUUAUUUUGGUAUUUCUGACAACUUUGUGAUUUCUUAUUAACGUAAUUUAUAAUUAUUAUAUAGUAAAAAUAUAGUUUGACUUACAUAAUUUUCAUUCAUCGCGUAAUAUGUAUAAAUAUAUAUUACUUUUG